ACUAGAGUCCUGUAGUUGUGCUGUUAUAUGACGUGUUAAAUGCAGAAUAGUUCUUCUCCAUUCACUUCACACCACCCUGCAGACGGAACAGAAGCCAUUUUAGGUCCCAGCGCAUCUUCUUCUCUUUUCUCUCUCUCUCAUCAGUCGCUCGUUGCAAUUUACUUCAAUUCAUGUAUCUGGGAUUUUAAACAACAAUGUAUUAAGAGUUGGUGUUGGUGUAGUGUGUGCAGCAGCUGGAUGGAUGACAAGAGCGCAACCACGAACACGCUCCUCAGACGUGCUCGUGUUGCAUGACGCGCCUCUCUCUCUCUCUCUCUCUCUCUCCCCUCUCUCCCUCUCUCUCUCUCUCUCUCUCCCCUCUCUCCAUCGGUUUACUUAAAGGUACCGGGAGCCGUGCUCGUUACUUAACGUCUCCAAAAUUGAACGGCAGCGGGAAGACGCGUUUGACGCAGAGAUCUCUCCUCCGGACCCUGCUGCUGCUGCUGCUGCUGCUGCUGCGGUCUGUGGUGGUCUGUCUGUGGUCUUGUGUGUGUUGACACAUCUCCAGGCUGCUGGCAGGAUGCAUGCGCCGCUUCAUGCGCCAUCCUCCUCCGCUCUCCAACUCAGCUCUCCGCACCUUUAGAGAGGCGCUGCGUGUUUUUUUCUCCUCAUCGCGGCUACAUUGUAAUUCUCCGUCUGCUCUCACCUUGCCAAACUGACGCAUGGAUGUUGAUAAAACGACGCGCAUGCGUUGCUCUUGGAAUAAUUGUGCAGCCUAAGUUGCAUCCCUGAGAUCUUGUGUGUCAAAGUCGUUUUGGCCGGAUCGGAGUUUUCUCUCGUGAUGUGGACUACUCUGGACCGCGGAUGCUGGGGGGUCUGGUGCUUAGCCCUGCUGGCGACUCUAGCCCGCGGCGCGCAAAGUGCCAACGAACCUAGCAACAUGUCCUACGUCAAAGCCACUGUGGACAAGCUGCUGAAGGGCUAUGACAUCCGUCUGCGGCCUGAUUUUGGAGGCGCUCCUGUGGAUGUUGGCAUGAGCAUAGACAUCUCCAGCAUCGACAUGGUGUCUGAAGUCAACAUGGACUACACCAUCACCAUGUACUUCCAGCAGUCCUGGAGAGACAAGCGUCUCUCCUACACGGGCAUUCCUCUCAAUCUCACCCUGGACAACCGGGUGGCAGACCAGCUGUGGGUCCCCGACACCUACUUCAUUAACGACAAAAAGUCCUUCGUCCACGGGGUGACGGUGAAGAACCGGAUGAUCAGACUGCACCCAGAUGGAACUGUGCUCUACGGUCUCAGGAUCACCACGACAGCUGCCUGCAUGAUGGACCUGCGCAGAUACCCACUGGAUGAGCAGAACUGCACCUUGGAGAUUGAGAGCUAUGGAUACACCACUGACGACAUUGAAUUCUACUGGCAAGGAGGAACUACCGCAAACUCAGUCACUGGGGUGGAGAACAUCGAACUGCCCCAGUUCGACAUCAUAGACUACCAAACCCUCUCCAAGAAAGCUGUGUUUGCCACAGGCUCUUAUCCACGUCUGUCCCUGAGCUUUAAGCUGAAAAGGAACAUUGGCUAUUUCAUCCUGCAGACCUACAUGCCCUCCACCCUGAUCACCAUCCUGUCCUGGGUCUCCUUCUGGAUCAACUAUGAUGCAUCGGCUGCCAGAGUAGCCUUAGGUAUAACCACGGUGCUGACCAUGACCACCAUCAAUACCCACCUUAGGGAGACUCUACCCAAGAUCCCCUAUGUCAAGGCCAUUGACAUUUACCUCAUGGGUUGCUUUGUGUUUGUCUUUCUGGCCUUGCUGGAGUACGCCUUCGUCAACUACAUCUUCUUCGGUCGAGGUCCUCACCUGCAGAAAAAAGUGGCAGAAAAGGCUGCCAAGUCCAACAACGAGAAUAAGAGCAGACUGGAGAGCAAAAAAGUGCAGGUUGAUGCUCAUGGCAACAUCCUCCUGACCAACCUAACCAGUGAGAUGGGUGGAUCGGAUAUGAUGGGCGUUCUCAAUGACCCUCGGGCUACCAUGUUCUCUUACGACAGUGCCAGCAUACAGUACCGCAAGCCCAUGACCAGCCGAGACCUGUACGGACGACCGGCCAUUGACCGGCCGAUGGGCCACAAGAAGGGCCGCUUGCGGAGGAGGGCCUCACAGCUCAAAGUCAAGAUCCCCGACCUCACGGAUGUCAACGCCAUAGACAAGUGGUCCCGUGUCGUGUUCCCAAUCGCUUUCACCUUCUUCAACCUGGUCUACUGGCUUUACUAUGUCCAAUAGGGUGGCAGUAGUGAGCCUGUGUGGCAACACCACUUCUAAUGAUUUGAUAGCUACCUAAGUCUUGUACAGCGAUGAAAAUUAAGGAGCGUUCAGUCCAUUUGUAUAAAUCCUGUUUUGGAAUGAGUAGUACUGGAUAUCUUUACAAUGUAAAUACAAUUAUAUACUGUAUAUAUAUAUGUAUAUGUAUAUACUGUAUAUAUAUACAGUAUGUAUAUGUGUGUGUAUAUAUAUAUAUGUAUAUAUAUAUAUAUUGAACAGGUAUAAUUUAUUAUAAAUCCUGUCACUUUUGCUGUACUCAUCCUUACAAAAUAGACAGAUAAAAUAAUAGAAUUUAAGACACAAUAAAGGUAUGGUAUUUCUAAGUUGAACCAUGCCGAAAAGACUCCAAAACUACGGGAAAUGAUUUUUCAUUUGCUCUAUCUCUUUUUCUCAACUUCUGUUAUUUCACUUUUUGCAUGUGAAUGGAACACAACUUUUUGUUUGCUUGAGGUAAAAAAAACUAAAAAAAUGUCAACAUUGUACCAGCGUUAUUCUCACAGCGUCUGUGAGCAUGUGCAAUGUACUUUUCUUUAAAAGAAAUCAGGUAAAGAAUGACCAAUGAUGUCACUAUGCUUUCAAAAUCACAUACAAAAUUUCAAGCCCUGAUAAAACUCGCUGCUGGUGUCGAAACACGUGAUGUUACAGACUAUUAUUGAACAUUUUUUGUCUGAAACCUGAAAUUAGACUGUACAUAACUGAAUUGCAUAGAGGUUCAUCCACCUCGUUGUGUUAAAUAAUUAAAGGGCCAGUACGAGGUCAAUGCUACUCUC